CAAAAGGAAUUGAAAAAAAUCUACAUGACAACAGGUAGUUAUGUGCAGUUAAUUCCAUGGAUUGAGCUAGACAUGAAACAUAUCAAGGCUGUAUACACAAAGAUAUUGCUCCAAACAAACGUACAUGACAUAAAAGAGGACACUGAAAAUUAUGAGGAUGUCUUUCUCAUAACAACGAUAGAGGGCCAGGUGAUUAAACGCGUUAUUCUGUGUGGACCAGUUGGUGCAGGGAAGUCAACGAUUCUUAGGAAAAUUGCAUACGAUUGGGCCGUUGGUUCUGUUGAAGUGCUGAGAAAGUUUACACUUUUAUUUGUUCUGAAAAUGUCCACUGUGAAAGAAAGUUCGAACCUCAUCGACUUAGUGUUUCUUCAGCUUUUAGCACACGACACGGCCGUCGACAAGGCCGACUUGAACACGUUUAUUCAUGACAAAGAAUCCUCCUCUGGUGUGCUCAUUCUGCUAGAUGGCUUCGAUGAAUUUCAGGCAACCAACAUCGAUCCAUCGAAAUUCGGUUCUGUACUAAAAAUGCUAAAUCGAAAAGUUGGCCAAGAUUGGUUUGUAGUUGUAACAACGCGCCCCUCUUGCUUGGAUGACUUGACAAGCAAGUUACUUGUCCAACACCCAUUCGUUCAUGUAAGCGUUUUAGGAUUUAGACCGGAAGAUGUAAAUCAGUACGUUCUGCGGUUUUAUUCAGAUAACCUUGUUACGGCAGAGAAGCUUCUUGACAGGAUUCGGUCAUCCAUUGUCCUCUCUGAUUUAACAAAGAUUCCAAUGCUACUGUUACUGAUGUGCUUAUUGUGGAGGGAAGGGGCCCAACUACCAGAUACCUUGUCAAGACUUUUCGAUGAGGCAAUGGGGUUCAUAUUUCGAAGAAAGAUGCCGCAUCUGUCAAAAGAAGCAGCAUCAGAUGUUGCAGCGGAAAUAGCGAGGGCAGUAGGAAAAACUGCUAUUCAAGGACUUCUCCUCCCUGAACAAAGACAUUCUUUUCAAGAGAGAGAGUUUGAGAGGAGUGUGCUCGAUAGGGCCAUUCAGGCAGGUGUUCUCAAAAGUCAAAGGGUCAUUAAGUCGCUGGACAUGCAAAGCAUCGUGCAGUUCAUAGAUAAGACAUUCCAAGAAUACUGCGCUGGUAAAUAUUAUCAGUGUCUGCAAGAUCGGGAAUUUCGAGAGAUUCAUAACAAAAUUGACGACCCUUGCGCUUUUGGGAACUUGUUGCGCUUCUGCUGUGGUGACAACGAGCAGUGUGCGGAACGUGUACUGAACACAGUGUUCAAAAAAUUAUGGACUCCAACAGAGGCGGAAUUGGCUCUAAAUUGCUACUUUGAAAGUCAGUCGACCAGUCUAUUAUCAGUGGAUUUUAUUGAGGCAUUCGUUGCUAGGAAUAUGGUUGUAGACUAUAACACCCAUGACUCGCUGAACUCCUUCCUGUGGUUUCUGAGGCACAUCGGAAGCGGUUACCUCUCUCGGAUACAUUCACUGACUGUUGCCAGAAGUAGUCUGCCAAAAUUCAGUGAGGUUUUUGCUUCCCAUUUGGCUGACAUGAAUCAACUGAAAUCACUCGGCUUAACCUCGUGUCACAUAAAUGCACAGGAUCUCAUUGCCAUUGCAACAUCGGCAAGUGAGCUGGCAAACUUAACCGAUCUCGACCUUUCACACAACAAGGGCUUGGGUGGGCACGCAAAAACAUGGGUGGCUGGUUUGAAGAGCAUGAAGAGCUUGAAGAAGCUAAAAAUGAGAAAUUGUGGCAUACAGUAUGAAGAUCUGAUACAUCUUGUUGAAACAGUUAGUGACAUGGGUAAUCUGAUGCACUGUGAUUUUAGCCUUGGCAAGUGGGUAGAAUUUAAUGUUCUGCCACGGGGAAAUUCCAUACACGCGAACAUACGGGCUAGUUCAUUGACGGACGAGGACAUGGCAAACAUUUUAAAGUCGCUGAGCAAUCGCAAAGAUUUGGCUAGUUUGACUGUCCACGGAGUUCAUGGUGUGAGUGGUUGGGCAUCCUUGUGGAUUCCACUCUUACAAAACCUGACAAAUCUUGAGAAGUUAAUUCUCAAUAGCUGCUCACUGGAAAGCAAAGACAUCGAAUACCUUGCUGAAGCACUGAGUCAAAUGGUAUCAUUGACAGAGCUCAGCCUGGAAGGGAAUACAUCUCUAGGAGGCUUUGCAAAAUCCUGGGCCCCCGAUCUAAACCUAAUGGUGCAUCUUGCUCGCCUGAGCUUUGGCUGGUGUGACCUCAAAUUCACAGAUAUCAAACACCUUGUAGCAACACUGAGUAAGACGCCAUCCUUGAAAGACCUGUCGCUGCGGGGCAAUUGGGCUCUAGGUGGUUUUGCAGAAGCAUGGGCUCCCUGUCUGGAAGAAAUGGUCCAUGUUGUUUACCUGGAUAUGGGCUGGUGCGAACUGAAAAGGACAGACAUGAAACACCUUGUUGCAGCACUGAAUCGUAUGCCAACUCUGCAAAACCUCAGCCUCAAAGGAAAUCAGAAUUUGGGCAAGGCUCUACAAAAACACUCGGCCACUGGUCUAAACCAGUUGAAAUGCAGUGUUUGUCUGGACAUGAGCUUGUGAACACUGGAACUCUUAGACACUGAACACCCUGCAGAAGCACCAAGUCACAUCCUCAUAUUAUAAUAGCUAAGUGUAAUAGGAAACUGGAGUUCGGGGCGGUGCCGAGAGAUGGAGUCCAUAUCUUGACAAGAUAGUACAUGCUGUUAACCUGACGGAAGUAUGGCCAGUUGGACAUGUGGUUCAAUGACACUGAAUAUCUUUAAUACUGCUGAACAAGUCAAGUGCCAACUUUGGUGGAGUUUAAUAUUGGCGAAGGAAAUCUGUAUUUCAGUGACUCUGCAAAUAUUCAUAUGGGUUCCCAGUUCAGGCAGACGAGACAUUUAUCUUCAAUUGCCUCAGUUGGGAAACUGCCAACUAAAAGAAAAUGAUCUGGAACACAUUCCUGAGGUAUGUGAAAGUGGUGUUAAUUUCGUGGCCAAUGAGGCGGUAUAUGACGAGUCUGGUAACAAAACAACUCCUUGUGAUGCCUUGCCCAUAGUCACAAGUCAAGGGUAUUCGUUGUUGCCUCCGGGUCCCAGAUAAAAUCAAUGCCCUCGAAUCUAGUAUAGAUGAAGAGAGUUACUAAUUUAGAAGGGGUGUAGUGGAUUAUGGCAGUCGAAAUACAUAUCUUGACAACUCUCAUUUCUGAAUCACAUUACAAUUAGAGUAGGCAUGUGGGCGUUGCAGGGUCACUGAUACUAAUUAUUCAUUUAUAAGAUGCAGAUUUCACAUUUUGAAAUGCACUGUAAAAAAAAAGAUAUAACGUGGUACCGCCAACGGCAUACUAGGGCGCUUCAUGCAGCUGCCGAACGACCCUGAUUCGCCUACAAGGAAGACAAAAGGAAGCAGUUGCACUCCUUUGAAAGGGCGCUUGUCAUAGAUAACAAGUUGAGUGAACCACAAGGUGUAAUAAUUACUAGAUUCGAUUAGUAAUUAUUUGAAGUAAGAAAUCGUAUUUGAUUGUUUGGGGGUAUUCUCUAAAGUACUUGAACUUACGGCAGUUCACAUUUCUUUGUGUUAUAGUUUCAUUACAGAUGUGUCUUUGUACCAAAUGUAAUUGAGAUAAUUUACAAUUUGAUGUUCUGUACCACGGUCGUUUAAAUUGAAACACUUCUUAAAUGUCCUUACAUGCUUGGAUUGUUAGUUAUAAUGCUGACUUUAAACCGGUUACAAACUAAGUAAAUGAAGAGAUGUCAGCAUGAUGUUGUACGAGUUAAAAGUUUAAUUACAGAUUUAUUGCAUACAUUUAUAGAUGCAAAUCUUUACGACUAAUAACGGGAUUUUCACACACACAAAUUUUGUGUCUAGAUUUUAAGUGUUUUUUGGAAAUUGGUUCAUAAGAAUCAUUAAAUGUAUAAAUGAAAGUAUGAAUACAUGGAUGUUAUCUUUUGGCAUUACCCUUUUUGUAGCUUAUAACUUCUAUGAUACUGACCACAUUUCUGCCCUUUUGUUAGAAUGAAAAAUUCUGGCAGUGUUACUAUGCUGGUAUAAUACUUUGCGCAUUACUGUUGUGCCUUAUUCAUUUAACUUGAUAAAAAGGAUUUAAGAUAUAACCUGGAAACUAUGAAUGACCAGUUUACAUGUUAUUGAUCCACACUUCUGUUUACAUAUAUUUUUGUAGGCUUCGGGUUAGAAACUACAUAUCUGUAAGUUACUCGAUUUCGAAUAAAGUUGGGGGAUUGGUACGUAACAAAGCUACGCAAAGCUAGAGUCGAAAGUAAAGAGUACAUGGGUCAUUCGAUUCUUCCUCAAAAUUUGCACAGAGAAAUCGGGAAACUAAGAAAUUGUGAAAAUAGGUGUCUUUACCUCACCCCUGCAUUCAACAAGACAUUUAUUUGAUGCAACAGAUUUCUUUCAUUAGUUGGCCAUAAUUGAAAUUGAAAGCGGGAUUAACUUUCCAUUUGGGAACUUGAAAGCAUUAUAAAUUUGUACGUGUCGACUCUUAUGAAUAAUUUUAUAUUCAUGUUGUGAUAAAAUAUAAUUUUGUUGUUUUUCGCCCAAUUGGGAAAGUAUUAAGGGGGGGGCGUGAGACCAAACAAAUCCUAAACUAGUUUGACAUUAUCUCAUUACAGAUUCAGUGAACAAGAUCAAAAAUCGGGGAAAAGGUGCAGUCUUGAUGGAGUCCCGUUAACAUAGAAAUGCGCUCAGUUCUACAACGAAGCCGCAAAUGCAUGAGAAAGGCAGUUUAAAACUAUGUUCAGAAUUUGAAAUUACAUGCAGGCUUACGUUUUGGUUUACUUCGUUAGCCAAUAAUGAUCUGUUACGCGUAACACAAAUGACGUGAUAUUUAGCCAACAUUCCAA